GUAUUUUAAUUUAUUUCGUCUCUUAGUGAUCCCGCCACCAACUGCUAGUAUAUUAUCGCUACUUGACGCACCAGCAACACCACUCACGCUUAAAAGGGCUAAUCCCAUAUGAGAUUUCGAGAGGUUUAUUAACUGAGAUUGAAAGAAAAAACAUAGAAGAAGAUCGAUGUGAUUGUGCUCUUAUCUUGUUUUUCUAUAUAUUUGGUUUGCCUUAUGUUUAAUUCUUUUGAGCAAAGGCCAACAAAAUUCGUUAUUUCAGGAAAAGGGGCAAUUACAGUUAGAAUCUGCAACAAGGUAUCAAGUAUCAACCAUGUGCGAGUCUAACUCAGUUCAGCCCACCCAGUCACCAAAACCGGUUCGUACCUAAUCUACCCUCUCUAAUCAGUACUCUGGUUAGGUUAGGUUAUAUGGGUUGGCUCUACCCUCCAUAUUUCUGUUUCAGUUGCUCCCACUUCUUCAUCUUAUGUAACUUUGCGGAGAUUCAGAGACAGAUGGAUAUUCAUUCAUCAAAUCUAGACGGGAUAGGUGGUGACGACAAUGAUGUGGUUAAUGUAAUUUUGUGGUCCGGUGGGAGAAUCAGCGAUCGGUCAGGCAACGAACCUAUGUACAGCAGUGGUUUGAAUAUGUUCCAAAAGGUGUCGAAUUCUGGUGGUCAUGUAGAAAUGUCAGAAGGGGCUGUUGUGGUUCAUCUUCUUGUGGCUGUAUACCUUUUGGGCAUAUGAAUUCUGUGCCGUGUAUGUUACAGCAGGCUCGAGUGCGUCUGAGCGAUAUUCUCCUUCUGGGUUGUUUUUUGGUGUGUCGGCUAUUGCUUUAGCAAUUAACAUGAUCUUUAUUUUCCGAAUGAUCUUCAAUGGUACUGGCUUGGAUGUGGAUAAAUAUGUGCGUUGGUCGUAAAAAAUUUCUUAUUCUGAUUGUAUUGAAUUAGGACAUGUUGCUUGAAUUAGCAGAACCACCUGAUCCGAAUGAGUUAUAUCUGCGACAAUUCAGUAGGGUUUUUCGUCUUGGACUUCUUUAUAGUGGAUCACUGCUCGUGCUUCUUGUUUACUCCAUCUUGUAUGGUUUGACUGCUAAGGAGUCAAAUUGGUUGGGGGCCGUUAAUUCUGCUGCUAUAAUUGUUCUUGAUUGGAACUUGGGGACAUGCUUGUUUGGGUUUGAGCUUUUUAAGAGGCGUGAUACAGCACUUUUGUUGCUGGAACAUUUCGCAUUUUUCUCAUCUGCUUUGGGGUGCAUUAUUGUUAUGAGUCCAUUGGUUGCAAGGAGAGAUGCCUUACAGUGAUAAGAGCACAGACGUUGGAAAGCCAAGUUUGGCAUUACGUAGUAGUUCAUAUCGUUCUGUUGUCCAGGAUUCUGUAGUUGGAAUGACUCUAGAUGAUAAGCAACUUGAACGCAACAGCUCCUUUGUUUGUUCCAGCGGUGGUUUGGAAAGUGGCUACAAACUUUCAAUUGUAUUUUCAAUAUUAGAAGUGAAAAACUACGGAGAAUAUCGUUGUCCACGAAGUACGGCAUAACACCAUGUAACUUCAGGAAUAAAGACCCCUAUGUGUACAUUAUUCAUUUAGCCGUGCGUACUGCUACAUCAAACCAGGGUUCCAUCA